AGGCGCGCCGCUCCGGCGGUGGGCAUGGGCGGGGCCGAGGGCGCCCCGGGGCGGAGCCAGGUGGCGGCGAGGGGUGGGCGCGCCGGGCGCGGGGAGCUGUCAGCGGCCGCUCUCGCAGGGCCUCCCCGCUGGCUGUACCCUUCCGCCCGUCGAACGCCUUCAGGGAACUUUGGCGGCGGCUGCGGAGGCGGUGAAGGCGGGCGGUUCGCGGGAGGAGCGUUCGUCUGGGCGAAGCCGGGCAGGAGGCCUACCCUCGAGCGCCUCCCGAGCCCGCGCCCGCGCCCGCCUCGCUCAUCCCAGCAGCCCCAGCCGCCCGCACACGCUGGUCCCCGGCCCGGAGGUUCCCCGAGGACGCCCUGGAGGCACGCCCCGGGGGCGACGGUUCGGCAGCCUUGCGGCCUCAGGUCCCGGGAAGAUGGUGGCUGCUGCUGUCGUGCUGCCCGUCGAGUGGAUAAAGAACUGGGAGUGUCCAGGUUGGAGGCGGGCGCGGGCCGGGGCGUCAACUACGCUCUCACCUGUGCUGGGAGUUUGCAUUUAUGCCGUGUCCUGAGUGAAAAUAAAAGCCAUGAUUGUUCAUCUUAUAGAGAUUUCCAGCAAGCUCUUUAUGAGUUAUCAUGCCAUGUCGUUAAUGGAAAUCUCAAGCAUGAACAUGCAUCUAAUGUUCUUAGCGACAUUAGUGAAUUUCAUGAGGAUAUGCCUUCCAUUCUUGCUGAUGUAUUCUGCAUAUUAGAUACUGAGACAAAUUGUUUAGAAGAAAAAAGCAAGAGAGACUAUUUUACACAAUUGGUAUUAGCAUGUUUGUAUUUAGUUUCAGACACAGUUCUAAAGGAACGCCUGGAUCCAGAAACAUUGGAAUCAUUAGGGAUUAUCAAACAAUCACAGCAGUUCAAUCAAAAGUCAGUUAAAAUCAAGACAAAACUCUUUUAUAAGCAGCAAAAAUUCAAUUUGUUAAGAGAAGAGAAUGAAGGUUAUGCCAAGCUGAUUGCUGAAUUGGGGCAAGAUUUAUCUCAAAAUAUUACUAGUGAUUUAAUCUUAGAAAAUAUCAAAUCUUUAAUAGGAUGCUUUAAUCUGGAUCCCAGUAGAGUUUUGGAUGUCAUUUUAGAAGUGUUUGAAUGCAGGCCAGAACACGAUGAAUUCUUUAUAUCUUUAUUAGAAUCUUAUAUGAGUAUGUGUGAACCGCAAACACUGUGUCAUAUACUUGGAUCCAAGUUCAAGUUUUAUCAGGAACUAAAUGGAGAGACCCCUUCAUCUUUAUACAGAGCUGCAGCAGUACUUCUACAAUUUAAUCUUAUUGAUUUAGAUGGUCUUUAUGUACAUCUUCUUCCAGCUGAUAAUUGUAUUAUGGAUGAACACGAACGAGAAAUUGUGGAAGCUAAGCAAAUUGUUAGAAAACUUACAAUGGUUGUAUUGUCUUCGGAAAAAAUUGAUGAGCGAGAGAAAGAAGAGAAAGUAGAGAAGCCACCUGACAACCAAAAACUUGGUUUGUUGGAAGCCUUGUUAAAGAUUGGUGAUUGGCCGCAUGCCCAGAACAUUAUGGAUCAGAUGCCUCCAUACUAUGCAGCUUCACAUAAGCUAAUAGCCCUUGCUAUUUGCAAGCUUAUUCACAUAACUAUUGAGCCGCUCUACCGAAGAGUUGGCAUUCCUAAAGGUGCUAAAGGCUCACCUGUUAAUGCUUUGCAAACUAAGAGAGCACCAAAACAAGCAGAGAGCUUUGAAGACUUUGAGGAGAGAUGUCUUCAGUAUGUUCUGUUACCUUGGUCCUCAUCUUUCUCAUGA